AAACAUUGGCAUGAAUUUCUUUUUGGGUUUUUUUCCAGGCAGCACGCCAACCUUGCGGGCACGCUGAGCGGCCACGGAUCCUGGGUGCUCAGCGUGGCCUUCUCGCCGGACAACACACACUUUGUCUCCAGUUCCUCGGACAAGAGCGUGAAAGUUUGGGACGCCGGUUCCCGAGCCUGCAUCAACACCUUCUUCGACCACCAAGACCAGGUGUGGAGCGUCAAGUACAACAACAACGGCUCCAAGAUUAUCUCGGCCGGUGACGACCGCGCCAUCCAUAUUUACGAUUGCCCCAUGUGAGGCGGGCCGUCCGAAAAGGCUGCUGGGAGACACUCUUUUUAUGUGAAUCGUUCUGUACAGGCUUGUGACAGUACAAUAAAGUUUUUUGUUAUUUUUUAAAUUAAA